UGUUGCUCUGGCAUCGGUUUUUCAUUGUCUCACUCUCUCGUCUUACAGCGGUCUGGCACACGGCGGCAUUACCAAGACGAUGGCAUUUCCGACGACGAAAUCGAAGGAAAGAGGACUUUCGAUCUGGAGGAGAAGCUUCACAACAACCGCUUCAACUCCGACAGAGUCAAACGCAUGGAGGGCAAAGACCUCACAUAUGAGUACAUUCAGAGAUGUGGGCUCCGGGACCCCAUCAUUUUUGAGAGACCUGAUGGACUUGGCAUUAAAAUGCCAGAUCCAGACUUCAGUGUAAAUGAUGUGAAGUUGUUUGUAGGAAGUCGGCGUAUGAUUGACGUGAUGGAUGUGGCUACUCAGAAGGGGACCGAGAUGUCAAUGGCGCAGUGGAGGCGCUACUUUGAGACUCCCCCCUCUCAGAGAGAGAAACUUUAUAAUGUUAUCAGCCUUGAAUUUAGCCACACUAAACUAGAGAGCCUUGUCAAAAGACCUGCCACG